GCCAUUUUGAAUUUUUUUCAGUCUACUGUCACGUCCAUAGCUUCCUAAAUCGGAGCCAUAUUUUUCGUGAAUAUUUUUCACUAAAAUUCACUGUAAGGGUGUGCAAAAAACGUGCUGAAAAUAUAGCAAUUGUUUGGUUUGUGGUGCAAGUGAGUGAUAUCGUGUAUUUGGUGGUUUUCAAGUGGUCGAUUUAUGCUCAAAUUCAUACAAUAUUGUCGCCCGAUGACGUCAUAGGUUCAAGGUCUCAGCAAGCCAAAGGCCAAUGCAGUGAAAAUGUCCGUUCAACAAUUUUGUUUGCGCUGGAACAAUCACCAGCCUAAUUUCAUCUCGGUUUUCUCGUCCCUUCUGCACAAUGAGACGCUGGUGGAUGUCACGCUGGCGGCUGACGGGAGCCAGCUGCAGGCCCACAAAGUCGUCCUAUCCGCCUGCAGCACCUACUUUGAAAGUCUGUUUACAUCGAAUCCAUGCCGCCAUCCAAUAGUGAUUCUCAAGGAUGUCCGGUACAGUGAUCUAAAGACGCUGGUGGAUUUUAUGUACUACGGGGAAGUGAAUGUGUCACAGGAGAGGCUGCCGCAUAUAAUUAAAACAGCGGAGAUGCUAAAGAUAAAGGGUCUAGCCGAAAUGUCAGAUGCUGCAUCAUUGAGCAAGUCCGAAAGCAAGUCCUCAUCAUCAGACACUGAGACAUUGACGACAAAUGUAAUUGUGAAUGAUGAUGGUGAGUCUAUAUGGCGCACAUCCCAUACUCAACAUUCUCUCCUCCAUCGGCAGCAGUCCAGUCAGCAACAGACCGCAACCGUUGGUACGCAGCAGCAGCAGCAACAGCAACAGCAGCAGGCAACACAUAUUCACAGCCGGCGAACACCAUCGCCGGCCACAAUGUCGCCUGCUGCCAGGAGGAAGCGGUUGCGGAAGAGUUCAACUGGAAUGCCAGAGUAUCCCAUACGCAAGGAGCAUUAUGUCACCGAUGAUGACUUUCGGCAGGGCUCAGGAUCAGUUUCCACGACGGAAAGGACUUCGGGAGAGGAGCAUAGUAACAUGGAGGGGGGCCCAAGUGGACAAGGUCAGUCGACUAUUCACAUGUCCCACAUGGAUCCUAUGAGCUCUUUCGGUACCGCCAGCAAUCUCACGUCCACCAUCAGCAAUGCCCGCAUCAUCAAGGAGUCACCUAGCUCCGACACCGAACAGCCUCAGCACGAGUCAUCGCAGGAGAGUGUCGAUGAGCAGGGAGCUGUGCAGCAUCAUUCAAUUGUUGUGAAAACCGACACUGAUUUAGAUCAUGUGUCACAACCAAUGCCUUUGGACAUUACUGGAUCAUCGUCAUCAGGCCAGGGUCCAUCAGUCUCUCAGCCACAGUCUCAGCAUUCUGGUGUGCAAUGGACAGUUGUUGAGUCAAGCUAUCCCCGUUUUGCCCUGUCAUCGUGCCCAACGAAUAUUGGCAUGAGUGGAGCGUCUCACAGUCAUCCAGAUGGAGGGCAUCAGCAGCAGGGAGGAGGAGGCGGAGGUGGUGGCGGUGGAGGAGGCAAUGGUGGAAAUAGUACAAGUCAACCGACAUCUGGGGGUGGCUCAGGAGGGAGUGGUGGAGCUGGUGGUGGUGGUGCUGGGGGUAGUGGGAAUGAAAGUGCAGGAGCAGGUUCAACUUCAUCAGUUCACAUGACACAAUAUCAGGGUUCGACGUAUCCCACUCAAAUAAUCUCCGUCAACAAUUAUUCGCAGCCCUUGUCUACACCAACGUCGCCUCAGGGUGAAGGAUCACUGGUACAGAGUGUCUAUAGUCAGGGCACAACUCCCAAUCAGUCGCCCAUUGAUACAAAGCCACCGGUUCAGCAGCAACAGCCACCAGCCCCAACGCCAGCGCCACAGAAGCGGAAACGUUCGGUAAAUCCGCAAGGUGAUGAGAAUUUUAUCAGAGCUUUGGAAGCCGUGAGGUAUGGAGGAAUUGGAUUCUGCAAAGCUGCCAGAUUAUUUGGGGUGAAUAAUCGCACAUUGUGGUUGGAGUACAAAAAACGCGGAUAUCCCAUCAGUCGACCGAGUAUUAAGAGUCGCAUUAAGUUAGAACCGAAUGUUUCACCACAGCCUCCGGCUACGCCCACCAAUGAGGAGAAUACCAUGGAAAAUUAUGAACAUAUCGCCCAGCCAAGCAUCAAUAUGCCCAUUAGUAGCAGUACAGCAUCAGCAACGCCCGAAACACCAACUUCAGCACCUAUUAUGUGUCCACCACAUGCUCAUCCCAUGGGUGUCAUGAGUUUCCUGGAUACACGCCAUGUGGAAUUCCCAUCGGUGCAUCCGAUGGCUCGACAAAGGUACCCAGACACCCCAGUCAAUGUCAAUCCCUCGGCUAUGAAUCUGCAGGGGUUGAAUUUCAACACGAUGUAAUUCACUAAUAUUGUUUUUUUUUUUUUUUUUUUUUCAAAGUGAAAUUAUCGUCUAUGAUUUUUUCCUUUUUAUCUCUACUUACAAAAAAAGAAAAAAAUACUGUGUAUAUUUCUUUGAUGUCUUUUUAUUAUUUUGUUUUUGUCCCAUGCCAUACUACUAUAAAGAAAAAUAUAAAUAUUGUAAUCUAUAUUAAUAAGGAGAGAUAGGCUACAAAAAGAAGAUAAAUAUUCUUCACAAAACACAUCAUCUCUAAACUCUUCAAGGAUACCUAGUAGACUUCCUGUUUUUUGGUAGGAUAAAGAAAGAUGAUGAAUAAUA